ACAUUUGUAUAACAGUUUGAGUUUUCUGUCACUGACCACCCAUUUUUGGCAAAGUGGCAUAUAUUGCAUGAUUCUUGGAGAAGGACAAAAUGCCACCAAAGAAAGCAGACAAAGCUGCACCUAAGAAAGGUGCAAAGGAAGAUACAAAGGCAGCAAAAGAUGAUAAGAAAGGGGGUAAAGGAGGCAAAGGGAAAGAGGAUCCAAAGAAAGGAAAAGGAAAGGGCAAACAAGCUCCUAGUGAAUCUGAGGAGGCCUCUGAGGUGGAAAGGAGUGAGGCUGAGGACAGUGAAGCAGUGGAUGAAGAGGAUGUGCAAAGUGAGGAUGAUGGUGGUAAAAAGGGAAAAGGAAAAGCUGCUCUGAAGGGAGCGUCCAAAGCUAUUGCUGUAAAGGCUGUAGCUAAGCCAAAGCGUGGCCAGGCAGCAGAGGAAGGUGUUGAUCCAAAAACUGGUAAGCGUGCCAAUAUUAAGGCUGCAUCCAAAGCUGUGACAGGAUUCCAACCUGAAGAGAAGAAGCCACAACUUCAGCUAGGUAAAAUGAAGGACAUAAACCUGAAAGGGGCCUCUUCAGCUAUGAUGGGCUUUGCUGUUCAGGGUCAGCAGAAUGUUCAAAAGACAGAGGAUGCAAAAGCUCAUUUAAAAGGUGCUUCUAAGGUUCUCUCAGGUCUGACAGGAAAGUCCCCAUUUUUUUCAAAGCCUGCCCCCAAACAGUCUAAAAAGCUAAAAAGCACAUCUAGGCUUUUCAUGGGACUAUCUGGCAGCAAGAAGAAAAAAGGUAUGACACCAAAGGCAUUACAAAGUACAUCAAAGUUGUUUUCAGGUUUUGGAAAGUCCAAAGCUACAGAAGAUAAAAAAGAGGAGGGAGGAAGAACACUCUUAUUACUCACUAUUGGUGGAAAGGCAAAUAAAAAUGCAGCAGCCACCUCUGGACUGGGAGGCAAAUUCAAAGGCUUUUUUGGUAAAAAGAAAACUGGAGCUGCACAAUUCAAGAGUAAAGGAUGGGCUCUGGGGAAGAUAGCAGGAGCAACAAACUGGCUAACUAACAAAUUCAUCUCAUCCAAAGCAUCUAAACGACUCGGUCGCUCUGUUCGUUAUGACAGGUCAAGUGUGGGGCAAUAUCACGGCUAUCAGAAUGGAGGUUAUGAAUAUGAUGAGGAUGAGUUCAGCUAUGAGGAAGAUGACUAUGUUCAAAGCAGUUAUAGCAGAAAUAAUCCCCGGGGACGAUAUAGAAGCAGAAAUCAUGACAGCUAUGGUCAGGGGCGCUACAUCAGAGGACCACAUCAGUAUGACUACUUUGAAGAUGACCAGGAGUAUUAUGAUUAUCCUGAAGAUGAGUAUGGAUUCUAUGAUGAGGAGAAUGAAUACUAUGAUCCAGUGUAUGAGGAUGAGUAUGGAGAUGUGUAUACUGAUGAAGAUUAUUAUGAUCAGUAUCAGUAUGACGGAAGACAACCUUAUGGUUAUUAUGAUGAUAGAAUUGACUAUGGUUACAGGCAACAGAGAAUCGAUGAAUUUGGAUACCCUGUUGAUGGUAUGGAAUACUAUGAUGAAAUGGGUUAUGCUAUGGAAGAUGAAAUUGGCUACGUUGGUAAUGAUGGGGAAUAUUAUGACUAUGGAUACUAUCCAGAACAGUUUGACUAUUAUGGUGACCAACAAAAUUAUUAUAGUCCCUACGAUGGUGUUUCAGAGGCCUACAUGAUCUAUCCAGGUUAUCAAAAUGCAUACAAUCCAAACCAGUACAUGUACAGUGGAGAAAACGCUGCAGUUUACAUUGAUCCUCAGAUGGCUGUUAACCAGCCAUUUAUGUACACGGUGGAGGACGUCAUGGAACAACCAGAACCCCCAGAAAUGUACGGUAAUGAAUAUGUUCAAAUACCAACCCAGGGUAUAUUGACUGAGGAUUCAUUCAGAUUUCCAAGACCACAAGUUAGACUUUUUGGAAAGGAAAAACUUGAAAUUUCAAGUCCAGUUUCUCAGAUUCCCAGGAGUGACCAUGAGAUGUUUCCAGACCAAUAUGAACACCAGCCACUUGUUUCACCUAUGAGCUUUCCUCUAUAUACUCCACAGCAACCAGAAGCUGUACAAAGGUCAUUUUCUCCCACCCCUAUAUUAAUUCAGCAAGGGCCAGCACAAAUGAUACCACCUAAUAGUCCCAUUUUAACCCGAUCACUCCAAAUACCAUCCUCGCCUGUUCUUCAAGCAAGACCUUUUUCAUCUACAAUGCCAGUGUCACCUGUCCUAAGUAGACAUUCUUUUGGACCUGUUGGAACCGUACCACUCUCAACACCAGCAUCUCCAGUUCUGUCCGCAAGGAGAUUUGAUCCAACUAUGGGUGAUCCAGUCUCUCCCUAUUUAGUCUAUACAGAUCCCAUGUUUCAGAGACUUGAUUUUCCACAUGAAAAUAUUCAACCAGUAACAAUGAGACAAUUUAAUCAUCUCCCCUCACCACAGCUCUCCUUAAGACAAAGCAAUUUUUCAACUCGAAGCAGUCCUAUACCUCACCAAAGAUCUGAUAUGUUUGAGGAAAUGAGUCCGAGGUUCUCACCAAGGCAGUCUAGAAUGUUUGGCCCACCAUCAUACAAUAAUAAUGCACAAAGGCAGUUCUCUCCUAUCCAAAGGAGAAAAUUUAGCCCACCUUCUUCUCCACAACCAUCCAGAAGAGCGCCAUCACCAUUAGCUUCUGUAAGGGGAAGAUCUCCAACUCCCCAGAGAAAGCCAUUUGGUUCUAGAGCACCAUCCCCUCUUGUUAAUGGAAGAGAGAGCCCACCAAUGUCUCCACGAGGCUCAAUGAGAAGAAGAAGUCCUCCUUCUUCACCUAGAGCAACCCUGAGGAAAAGUGCUAGUCCUACCCCUCCAAUAAAAUCUCGUUUCAGGCCUAUUGGUAGAAGCAAUCAGGAGUCUUUCAUAUCAUCAAGAUCUAUGAGGAAAAGCUCUCUUUCACCACAACCAUCAUUACGGAGGAGGAGCCCUCCACUGUCUCCAACAAUAGACCGACAGUCACCAGAGGAGAGGUCUCCAUACCCACACCGCAGAGCCACAUCUCCCAUCCAAAGACCCCUGUCUCCAAGACCAAUAUCUCCAUUCGCUUCUAGACCUCAGAGACCUCUUUCACCAUCACCCUCAGCAUUUUCUGGCAGAAUCCAACAUGACCCACAACAUCUGCCUACUCGUUCAUCCACACGUAGAUUCAGAGGAUUUGGUGGGAACAAAGUGCCAAUGGGAACAGUUAAGCCAUCUCCUGUCAAUCCAAUUUUUCAAAGAAAAGGUCAUCAUGGUACUACUCAAAUGCAAAAUGUUGCUCCAUUUAGAUCAUCCAUCCAUAAUGCAUCCAUGGGUUCAGGAGCUUUAAAUCAAAGUGCUAGAUCCUCCCCCAUCAUGUUGGCAAGACAAGGUUCCAGACCAGCAGGGUUUCAAGACUCGAAGAGAUACUUUCUACCUGGAACACCAAAUCCACAAAGGGUUUUUCAUAGACCUGUUGGGAGAGGGCGUCCUGUUGUGAGAGUACCAAUAAGUCCUGUUUCUCUCAGGCAAUCAAUAAGAGGCCAGAGCCAUCCUCUUGUAAUGAAUGCUCAACCAUCUUUUCCUCAACGGGUUCCAAUAAAACAGCCUGGAAUACCUUCACCGCAACUCUCUGUGAGACAUGUUACAACCCCAUGUCCAUCACCUCAGCUUUCAGUGAGAGCUGGUUCACCAAUGUCUGUACAUUCACCAAUGUCUGUACGAUCUCCAUCGCCGAUCCUCUCAUCCUCUAUACAGAGAAAUGCUAUGCAUAAUGAAUUAAUCAAUCGUGCCUCACUCAGAUCACAAUUUUCUUCGAGUAUCACUCCUCAGCCUCAAGUAAUAAAUGAAUUUGCCCAGACAGUUCAACAAGGCUCAUCUCCUCUACUAACAAAUGCUUUACAGAACCCAAAUCUUGCUGCUGCUUCAUUCAGUUCACCUUUUCCAAGGUUUAAAUCUCCAAUGUCGCAGGUUAACCAAAAUUUAUCUCAGAGAUCUUCUCCAGCCUUAACAAAUGCAUUACAAAAUCCACUUCUCCGUAAUGCCACUUACCGCUCACCUCUACAAAUGUCUGCAUCUCCUCAUUCUAUAGUGGCACCUCAGGAGGUUCAGGUAACCAGUCAGAUUUCUUCUUCAAUGCUCUCUAAUGCACUGCAAAACCCUUACCUACGUAAUGCGUCUCUCAUUUCCCCACUGCAAAGAAGCACAUCUCCUUAUUCUUCUGCGGCUGCUCAGCCGGAACCGCAAAACAUUUUGCAGUCAUCUUCAGUGCUAACCAAUGCACUAAAAAAUCCUCAGUUACGCGGUGCAUCAUACAUCUCACCUCUUCAGCGGAAUACAUCUUUAUAUGCUCCAGUGAUGUCACAACCCGAACAGCAAGCAUCUGUUUUAUCAAAUGCCCUUAAGAAUCCUAAUUUAAGAAAUGCAUCCUAUUCAUCUCCUUUACAGAGAAGUCCUUCUCCUUUCCAGCAAGCACAGGAUUAUUCUUCUCCUUUGUCAAAUGCAUUAAAGAACCCAAGCCUUCAAGGUGCCUCCUUUCGACUACCUGAUACAUCAAUAAUAAAUAGGAAUUUUGGAGGCAAAAAAGAGGAGACUACUACAUCUGUUCUGUCAAGUGCUUUGCAAAACCCUAAUCUCCGGAAAGCAACUUAUAGGCUCCCAGAUGGUACAAUAAUAUCAAGAAAUGAGCCAGCACAACCAGCUCCAUCUCCCUCAAUGUUAUCCAAUGCUCUUCAGAAUCCUAACAUUCGAAAAGCAAGUUACAGGCUUCCAGAUGGAACACUUGUAUCCUCCAGCACUGAUGAAGCUGCGGACACAACAAAUUCCUCACCAUACCUGGGAAGUGCUCUACAGAAUAUUAACCUACGUAAAGCAUCCUAUAAACUACCUGAUGGUUCUCUCUUUUCUCGAAACCAACCAGCAGAACAGUCAUCCUCUCCACUUCUUUCAAGUGCUCUUCUGAAUUCAAACCUUCGUAAAGCUUCCUACAGACUUCCUGACGGAACCCUUUUGACUAAGAGCUCUGAACAAGAACCAGAGAAAUCUAUUUCAUCUAAUUUGUCAAGUGCACUACAAAAUGUUGGUAAGGCCAACUAUCGCUUACCUAGUACCGCUGGCCUGUUUAGAAAUCCAAAACAAGAGCAAGCUCCCCCUUCAAUGCUGUCCAAUGCCCUUCAGAACCAAAACCUUCGUAAAGCAUCUUACAGAUUGCCUGAUGGAUCAAUCAUGACAAGAGGUCAACCAGCUCAAAGUGAAUCUCCCACAUCACCCUUUCUGGGAAAAGCCUUGACGAAUAUUAACAUACGCAAAGCAUCCUACAAGUUGCCGUCGACACUGGGACGUUCUCCAGAGGACUCAAGGUACGCAGUAGUGACCCCUCAGAUUCAGGGCCAGUCUGGUGAACACUGGGCUCAAAAUCAAAUACUAGAUCUUCAUGAGCCAGAUGAUGUCUGGUCUUCAGAAAGAGUCCUCCCUCAUCAUACUGUUCAGAACCUCACAAAAUGGUCCAUGUAUAGGGAUGAAGAACUGGAGAAUUUUGUCAUCCCUGUGUUUCCUGGCCAAGAGACAGAUAGCACAGAACCUGCAUGGCUCCCAGAUAGAGAAGGCGAACCUCAAGGGAACUGGUAUGACAAGAUGUACUCAAUUCGAAGUCUGCCCACAAUGUUGUACCGUGAAUGUGCAGAGGAGGAUGGCUUUGAGGACAUGACACAGCUUGAGGAGCUACACGAAGGUGCUGUGUUACUAAAUUUGAAGAAAAGGUUUGACCGCAAUUUGAUAUAUACUUACAUUGGAAGCAUCCUGGUGUCUGUUAACCCAUACAAGAUGUUCAACAUCUAUGGAACAGACAUGGUUCUGCAACACAAAGGACAUGCACUUGGAGAGAAUCCUCCACAUCUAUUUGCUAUUGCAAAUGCCUCAUACACAAAAAUGAUGGAUGCCAAAGAAAACCAGUGCAUUAUUAUCAGUGGGGAGAGUGGCUCUGGUAAAACAGAGACCACGAAGCUAGUUCUCCGGUACUUAGCCGCAAUACAUCACAAACAGAACAUCACACAGCAGAUUCUUGAAGCAACUCCUCUUUUAGAGUCUUUUGGAAAUGCCAAAACCGUACGGAACGAUAACUCCAGUCGAUUUGGGAAAUACAUGGAAAUAUUUAUGGAAGAAGGGGUAAUCAGCGGUGCCAUAACCUCACAGUAUCUACUUGAAAAGUCCAGGAUUGUGUUUCAGGCCAAAGAUGAAAGAAACUAUCACAUUUUCUAUGAGAUGCUUGCUGGCCUUCCUUCACAGCAGAAACAGUCUUUAUACCUUCAAGACGCAGAGACGUAUUAUUACCUCAAUCAAGGUGGAGACUGUGAGAUUGUUGGCAAAAGUGAUGGCGAGGACUUCCGCAGGCUCCUCAGCGCCAUGGAAAUACUUCACUUCAGCGCCGAAGACCAGAGCGCUAUCUUCAGGAUCCUGUCUUCCAUCCUCCACUUAGGAAAUGUCUUCUUUGAGAGAUAUGAGACUGAAUCUCAGGAAGUGGCAUCAGUUGUGAGCGCUCAGGAGAUCCGAGUGGUGGCUGAAAUUCUACAGAUUUCCCCCGAGGGUCUACAGAAGUCCAUUACUUUUAAAGUCACGGAAACAAUGAGGGAAAAGAUCUUCACCCCCUUGACUGUUGAGAGUGCAAUUGAUGCCAGAGAUGCUGUUGCCAAGAUCCUGUAUUCCCUUCUGUUCAGCUGGCUAACAGACAGAAUAAAUACGCAGGUUUAUCCUCGGAAUGAAGCACUUUCUAUCUCCAUCCUUGAUAUCUAUGGAUUUGAGGACCUUACCUUCAACAGCUUUGAACAGCUUUGCAUAAAUUAUGCAAAUGAGUACCUUCAGUUCUUUUUCAACAGGGUCAUUUUCAAAGAAGAACAAGAGGAAUAUAACAGAGAGCAAAUCAGCUGGGAAGAUGUGCCUUUCUCUGACAACCAGGCCUGUAUUGACCUUAUUGCAGCAAAGCCACAUGGGAUACUCCGAAUUCUCGAUGACCAGAGCGGGUUUCCCCAGGCUACAGACCACACCUUCCUUCAGAAAUGCCACUACCACCAUGGCAACAAUCCACUGUAUUCCAAGCCAAAAAUGCCUCUCCCUGAAUUUACUAUCAAGCAUUAUGCUGGGAAGGUCACAUAUCAGGUUCAUAAAUUUCUGGAUAAGAAUUACGAUCAAGUUCGCCAGGAUGUUCUUGACCUUUUUAUUCAGAGCAAAAACAAGAUGGUUGCAUAUCUCUUUAUGAGCUAUGCUGAGGCCCUCAACCAACAGAAAUCCCAUGUUGGGAAGAACAGCACAGUAACGCGGCGCCAUCAGGCCUCAACGGUGGCGGCAAAGUUCCAGCUUUCCCUCAUGGAGCUCAUUGAAAAGAUGGAGAGAGCCAACCCAUAUUUUGUGAGGUGCAUAAAGCCAAACCAAAACAAGGAGCCUGGUGUGUUUGACAUGGAGCUGGUCAGUUCCCAACUCAACUAUUCGGGGAUUCUGGAAACAAUUCGAAUCAGGAGAGAGGGCUAUCCGAUCAGAAUACCAUUUGAUGUCUUCCUUUUCAGAUACAAGUCCCUGCUAGGCCUCAAACAGCCUCCUCCUGCCAAUGGUGAAAACUGUGUCAUCAUGUUGGGGAAGCUUUGUCCCGUUAGACCAGGAGCAUUUCAAGUUGGUGUCACCAAGUUGUUCAUGAAAGAGGACAUAUACUUCCUGUUGGAGAGCAAGAGGGACCGAGUAAGGCAUGUAGCCGCACUGACUCUGCAGCGUUACGUCAGGAUGUUCUUUGUGAGAAAACGUUAUACGGCCUUCCGCAUGAAGAUCAUACGCCUGCAGGCCCACUGCCGAGGCUUUCUCACAAGGAAACGGUACGUGAAAAUGAGAGCUAGCCUGGUCAAAUUCCGCUCUCUGAUCCAUAUGUACGUUGAUCGCAAGAGAUACAUCAAGCUGAGAUACGAGGCCAGGAGAAAGGCAGAAGAGGAGCAAAGGAGAAUAGAAAUGGAGCUGUCUAAGCGGGAAGUGGUCAACGUCACUCAUCUGGUCAUUCCAGCUGAACUCGGAGCAUUGCUGCAAGCAGCUGCCGGUGGUAGAGAGUUCCAUUCUGAUUGCUUGGCUUUAGUGCAGGCUCCCACAGUUCAGGUGGAGUCACAGCUCACGCUACCUCUUGAUAUCAACAACUACACCAUCUCCAAAUUUGUCCAGAUUAACUUCAAAGAGGCAAAGUUUGGAAUGUUAACUGCACCUUUGAAGACACCACUAACCCACAUCGAUGAGGAUCUUACACAUGACGCUCUAGAUGUCUUUGUCAUGAUCUUGAGGUUUAUGGGUGACCCACAUUUAAAUGGUGCUCAGGAGAAUUUAUUUGGAAACUACAUCAUCCAGAAGGGGCUUAGCAACCCUGGCCUGCGGGAUGAAAUCUUAUGUCAAACUGCCAAUCAGGUUUGGAGAAACCCCAAUCCAGAUAACUCAGAGAGAGGCUGGCUGCUGCUGCUAGCCUGCCUGAGUGCGUUUGCACCUUCAGCCAAAAUGGAGAAAUACCUUCUGAAGUUUGUCUCAGAUCAUGCCUAUAAUGGAUUCAAAGCUGUCGGCCAACACAAGCUCAUUCAAGCCAUGCAAAAGUCCCUGUAUGGACCGGAGACAGCUAGGACUUACCCAUUGUCCCUUCUGGAAUGGACAGCCAAUAGGAAGAAAGCAAACAUGGUUUUGCAAGUGCACUGUUUUGAUGGGACAUCUUUCCUUUGCCCUGUGCACUCCUGGACGAGUGGGGAGGAGCUGGCUGGAGAUAUUCUACAGCACAGGGGUGUGACGGAGGCCUGGAAGGGGUGUUCUGUCAUCAUGAAGGAGCACGGACAGUGGGCGGAGCUCGCAGGGCACGAUUAUGUAAUGGAUUUGAUCGCAGACAUGGAACUGAUGAGAAAUUUUCCCAAGCAAAAAUCCUACUUCAUCAUCUCCGCUGAGAGUCCCACCAGAACUAGGCCCAAUGCCAGCCUGGCUCUGUUUGGAAGCGGGUUUGAUUCUGAUGAUGACAGCUCACUUCUGCUCCCCCAGACAAUGCCAAGCUCCAGUCUGCCAGAUUUAGAUGGAUAUUACAGCCACGAAACAGACUUCAGUGAAGCACCCACUCAGAAAGGCAUGGACAGAUACCUGGACAGCUUGUUUGACCCAGUUCUGUCUGAUGGUAAUGGGGAUUUUGAGAAGUCAUCCAGCAUGUCCAGCCGUAUGAAGGGAGCCGGUGGGAUUGGAGGGCAGGAUGGGGACAUAGAGAAGCCCCUCUCCAGCAGGCCUUAUCCCCCCGGACUGCAGCCCGGUGCGGUGCCAGUUCUACCUGUUAUGGGAGGAACAAUGAUGCCACCUAUACCUAUGCCAGCUAUGUCUUCUGUGCCUCAUGCACACGCCUCUACCGCCGUACCUUCAGUACCCUCAAUGCCAGCUAUGCCUUCUAUGCCAGCUUUCCCUGCUAUGCCAUCUUUGCCGGCUGUGCCUAAUGUGCCACCAUUGCCUGAUAUGUCAGGUGUAGAUCCAGCUGUGUUAGCACAGCAGCAGCAAGCCAUCAUCAACCAGCAAGCGAUUAUACUGGCUCAGCAGAUGACAAUGCAAGCCAUGGCCCUCCAGCAGCAGAUGUAUAAUUCAGCGCAGCACACACACAGCGAGCAUGUGCCAGCUCCCCGUUCCAGCCAGUACAGCCCUAUUAAACAAGAAUCUGGACCUGUUUCCUACAAACCAACCCCGGCUUCUCCACCACAGAAAUCUUCACCGCGACAGUACAGCCCGACUAGAAGGGAUCCACCAGCGGGAGAUGUGGUGCGAGCCACGGUCUCAAACUCUGAACACUUAGAGCCAAGUCACAACAUCAAAGACAUUAUCAAGCAGUACCAAACAAACCCUGUCAAACCAGCCGAGACAGCCAGGAGGGAAGCCAAAGUGUUUCUGAAGAAACCAGACCCCCAUGAUCAAGCGAUGAUGAUUCUUAAGGACCAGAUGAGUGCUCCACCUCCACAGCGAAAGAAAACCUACACGCCAGUCUCUCCGUCAUCCUCUGCUAAGGAGUUGGAUUAUGACGGUGGGGCACUGAAACCAGCAAAGAGCAUCAAGAUGCAGCGAUCACCUCCUGUGCCAGCUGUUAGUCAGAGAUUCCCAGCACCUGCACCUGUAUCAAGGGAACUUCCGGUAGAGGAGGAGAAUAUUCAGACUCAGCUACACAGGAGGAGCAGUGAAGAGCACUACACCUACACCAAUGUCCCAUGGAAGAUCUACUUGAGGAAAGAGGUUUUUUAUCCCAAAGACAGCUUCAACCACCCGCUGAUGUUAGACCUGUUGUUCAAGCAGAUUGUCCAUGACACUUUCUCAGAGGCUUGCAUUCGCAUUACAACAGAAGAAAGGCAGAAGAUGAAAUCCCUUUUUGUGGAGCACAACAUUGACACGAAUGCCACCAUCCAGGAUGAGAAUGUGAAGAAGAAGAUUGUGCUUGCUGCAAGAGACACGUGGGACAUCUACUUCUCACGCCUCUUCCCAGCAUCUGGCAGUGUUGGCACAGGAGUCCAGGUGCUGUCUGUAUCUCAUAGAGGGAUCAAGCUUUUGAAAAUGGUCAGGAGCAGUGCGGUCGCUCCAGACUACUUCAGAGUUCUGCGACCCUACAGCUACACAGACAUCAUGUUCGUCACCAUUCCUUCCAAAAACAUGCUGGAGUUCAACCUCACCAAUGAGAAACUGAUUCUGUUCUCUGCCAAAGCUCCUCAGGUCAAAACCAUGAUUGACUACUUUAUCACAGAGCUGAAAAAGGACUCAGACUAUGUCGUUGCUGUGCGUAAUUACAUUACAGAUGACAGAAUGCUGCUCAGUUUCCACAAAGGAGACAUCAUACGCUUGCAGAAAAUGGAAGGCCUAGAUUCAGGCUGGAAGUUUGGGGCCAUUCAUGGGCGAUCUGGGGUUUUUCCUGUGGAGUUUGUUCAGCCAGUGGCUGCUCCUGACUUCAUUAACAUUCCUGUGGACAAGAAAGAGGAACCCAAGAAUAAGCAGGGUCGCGUGGCCGCCUCAGCAGCUGUGGCAGUGGCUGUAGGUUCUGCCGCCGCAGCCCAUGAACUCGACCGGUCUAUUGAGGUGGCGUCUUCUGUCAGUGAGUAUGCAGAGGCCUACGCAGACCGCUCUGAUAUGGACAUCGAUGAGAGGAUCUUGCAAGACAGCCAAUACAACAUGGUGGAGUUUGCAAAGAAAUAUUUCAGAGGGGCCCAGAGAAAAAAUGGUGAUUCGUAUAAGAAAAAGUCAAAGAAAACAAAGGAAUCCAGGGAACCAUCAGAAAUGGUGAAAUUUUCCAAGUCUCCCAUUCAAGAGUCCCUAAUCGAGUUCACUGACGAAAACAUGAACAAAAUAGCUGCAGAGAUUUUUCUUGCUAUAAUGAAGUUCAUGGGAGACUACCCUAUGAAAAGCCAGACGGAGCAGGAGAUUGUGAGCACCAUCCUAAGGCUGAGUGGCGAGUAUGGACUAAUGAGGGAUGAAGCGUACUGCCAAGUCCUCAAGCAGAUCACAGCGAACACCAGCUCCAAGACGGAGAGUUGUCAGAGGGGCUGGAGGAUGCUGUACAUCCUCACUGCAUACUACAAGUGUUCAGAGGCGCUUAAACCUUACCUGCUGAAGUACCUUCUAGACGUCUGUGCAAGUCCAGGGGUGCACUUUCAAGGUAUUUCCAAGGCUUGUGAGCAAAACCUAAGGAAGACGUUCCAGUAUGGUGGACGUGUUGAACAUCCUAAUGGGAUGGAAUUGAAAGCUAUGCUGGCUGGAAGGAGUUCCAAACGCCAGUUGUUUCUUCUUCCUGGUGGAAUUGAACGCCAUCUAAAGAUCAAAACCUGCUCAGUUGCUUUGGAUGCCAUUGAAGAGCUGUGCUAUGAGAUGGGUCUACAUAAACUUGAAGCCCUGGAUGAAUAUGCUAUAUUUGUGGUCACAAACAGAGGUCAGAAUGUUUGCCCUCUAAACAAAAGGGAGUACAUCUUGGAUGUUGCUACAGAAGCUGAACAUGUUGACAGCAACUACAGUCUGUGGUUUCGAAGAGUGAUCUGGACGCAGCCACUGAAGUUUGACAAUGAGCUCGGAGUCACUAUGCAUUACAAUCAGGUGUCCCCUGACUACUUAAAAGGGCUGCUCAAUGUUGUCCCACAGGGUAAAGCCAGUGAGCAGCAGCUUCAGCAAGUGUCAAAACUGGCAGCUCUGCAACAUCGUGCCAAGGAUUCGAUCCACCUGCCAACCUCUCAUGAGGUUCAGGAGUAUAUCCCCUCCCAGCUCUUCGGUCUCCAGCGGCACCAGCAGUGGUUAAACAUGGUGACCCAGCACAUGCAGCAGGUGCAGGCCCUCACUCCUCAUCAGGCCAAAGCACAAUUUCUGGGGCUCGUGAGUGCUUUCCCCAUGUUUGGCUCGUCGUUCUUCUACAUACAGAGCAGCAGUAAUAGUGCUAUCGACACCCCCUGCAUUCUGGCUGUCAACCAAAAUGGUCUGAACUUUCUAAGAAAAGAUACUCAUGAGCCGAUGGUGAAGUUUCCGCUGAAGGAAGUCCAGUCCACCCGUACACAGAGGCCCACAGCUGGCUCCAGUUACCCAUAUGUGGAGAUAAUGCUGGGUGACCUAAUGUCUCAACGCAUUACACAGUUACAGCUGGACCAGAGUCUUGAGCUGUGCCGUGUUAUCGCCAUGCAUAUGGAAAACCUGCUGUCCGUACGAGAGAAGAGACUUACUCUGCCGCCCAGUGAAAUCACUCUGCUCUAGCUCAAAUUAUAUUUAUAUUACUUUUAUGGCAAUAAUUGCAAUCAGACACUAUUGAACUCCUACACGUCUAAAGCCAGCUGUCAUUUUUGCCUGUUUGCAAUUUCAAAACCAAGUUCCAAGAUGAACUUGUUAUGCACAGUAAUUUGCAUGGAUUCUGUUAGGUUGAACAUAUGGGCCUAUAAUUGAAAACAGUAUAGUACUACCUCUAGUUCUGGACAUGUGAUCAGCAAGACUUUAUUUUUGUAUGAGAGAGUUCCUCUCUUAAAUACGGAUUUGCACUACUUGAGACUAUUGUAUGUUUUCAAUAUUUAUAUAUUGUUUGCAUUUAUAUGUCAUGUGGAUUUGAAUGGGAAAUUAACUAUAUGCACAAUGAAUGUAAGUGUAAUAUGAAGUCUUUAUUCUAAAUAAUUAAAAACAUCACAAUUGA